AUGGUCUGGGCUCACAGGGAGGAGCCAGAUGCUUCCAUCCAAUCGGAGCGCCAACCGGAUCAGCAGAGCCAGGGCCGCGGCGACGGCGCCGGGCCGCUGACCGCCUUCCCGACGCUGCGCAAGUUCUCGUCGUUCGCCGAGACGAACAGGGAUUCCUCGAUGCACAGCGAGCGCGUCGGGCGCAAGUACGAGCUGCUACCGCUGAUGCUCACCGCCUUCCUCGGCACCUCGAACCUGUCGGUGUUCCCGAAGACGAUGAUGUUCGUCGUUUGGUUCAACGGCGGCGUCUUUUUCCUGGUGCCCUACCUGCUGGGGUUGGUCUUCUACACGAUCCCGUCGGCCCAGGUCGAGGUGUACAUUGGCCAAUUCACGCAGACGACCCCUCUGAAGGGCUACUCGCUGUUCGCCCCGAUUAUGGCUGCCAUCGUCUGGACGUCACAAAUUGCCAUCUCGAUCGGCGGCGUGCAGGCCCUACUUCAUAUGACCAUUGCCAUGCAGAUGCUGCUCAACUACCCGGCGCGCGAGACCUGGGCCAAGUGCCAGGAUUACAAUUCGCCAUCGUGCAUCUCGUUCGCCAACGACCGUGGCUGUGCCGAUCAGAUGGACACCACGAUCGCACAGAUGCGCUAUGCAUUUGUGCGUGUUUAUGGGAUACUCCUUCAGAAAGACUGUCACCAGAGCUUCGAGAACCUCAUCAUCCAGCCGAACCUCGCCCAGCUGCCCGUCAUAGAAUUCCUC